UUUGUUGGGGUUAUCCCAAUCGAGUCUUUUUAAAGUAGCGAGAAUGAGGCCGGUAUUCGUUGGGAACUUCGAGUAUGAUACUCGACAAUCGGAGCUGGAGCGUCUGUUCUCCAAGUACGGGAGGGUCGAGCGCGUCGACAUGAAAUCUGGUAUAAUGCUUUUGUCUAAUGUUGUGUCUACUUUCUCUUUUUUAAAUUUAAGAUUUACAACUUUUUCCUUAGAAUCCAUGCUACUUCUCUAGCUCUAGCAUUCAGCUUGAUGCUCAUAUUAAACUAACUAGUUUAUCGUGUUGGCUUUACAUUAAAGGGAGAGGAAAAACGAACCCAUCUUAUCUCCAGUCUUAGUAUGUGGGUGCUGUUUUGUGAAGGAGUAAUAUAUAUUAUUUUUUUAAUGGUCUAGCAUUGGUCGAUUGGGUUUUGGGUUGCAUAAAUUCAAGUCAAUCUUUUAGUAUUGAAAAUUAGAUUUGGCCAGUUUGUUUUAGUCUUGUUCCUGCCUUUCUAUCCGCACUGAAACGAUGUUGCUUUUUAUGUAUAUAUAUAUUUUUCUCUGAUCAAAUGUUAGACCCGUUUCAGUUUAUCAAGGGCACAAACCUUGUUUGUUGCUGCUUCUUUUUCCUGGCACGAGGACAUCCCUUAUUUUGAUUUUUGAAUAAAUAUCAGUUCGAUCGGAGGAUAUAUGGCUACUUAUGUAGUGUGUAUGUCCAAUGCCUAUUUCCUUGGUGGAAAGGAAAUGGUAGCCUCGAAAUUGCUGUGUUUUUGGAGAGAACCUCCACAUUUAAGUGUUUCUUUUGACGCAGGAACUUAUGCUAAGGGAAAAUUGUUGAGCUUCUUUCUGGGCUCGCCAACAUCUGUGCAAAAAUUUUAUUUUGGGAAGGAAAACCUUCCUGGUUGCCUGCUCUCCUGCACUCACAGAUAGCUACAUUCUGCAUUUUCUUCAUUCGAUCAUCUGCACUCACCCACUCCUUCGCUUAAAGUUGCCAUUUCACAAGAAUAGUGGGAUCUUUCAAUUGUUAUGCUAUGUCUACCACCAUGUUCAUAGGGGAUAGAUGAAUUCUGGCCAUGCUUUCUACCACUGAUAAUAGGGGAUCAUUGAUAUCUGUCAUGCCAUGCCUUCCAUUACUGAACUCCUGCUGUCUGAAUGGCGAAGCAUGCUUAGCAAUGACAUCUCAGACCUGAAACUUUGGAUUAAAAUAUUUUAUAUGCAACCAUCAUGAUUUAGUUCAUCAUGCAACGCCUCUACAGCCUAAUGUUCAUCAGUCCCUCUCGUUAUGCAGGUUUUGCUUUUGUCUAUUUUGAGGAUGAACGGGAUGCUGAAGAUGCUAUUCGUGGGCUGGACAAUAGGCCAUUUGGAUAUGACAGGCGCAGGCUAUCUGUUGAAUGGGCUAGGAACUUUUAAUUUUCAGGGUGAACGAGGACGGCAUCGUGAUGACUCUAGAUUAUCAGCAAACCAGAGACCUACUAAAACCUUGUUUGUAAUCAACUUUGAUCCUCUUCGUACAAGAGUUCGUGACAUUGAAAGACACUUUGAACCAUAUGGGAAGGUUCUUCAUGUUAGAAUUCGAAGGAACUUUGCAUUUGUGCAGUUUGAGACUCAAGAAGAUGCUACAAAAGCUCUUGAAUGUACACACAUGAGCAAGAUACUUGACAGGGUGGUCUCUGUUGAGUAUGCUCUGAAAGAUGACGGGGAGAGAGGUGAUCGCUAUGAUAGUCCUAGGAGAGGAAGUUAUGGUAGGCGUGGAGAUAGUCCAUAUGGGAGAUCACCUAGCCCUCUGUAUCGCAGGCGACCAAGUCCUGACUAUGGUCGACCUCGCAGUCCUGCUUAUGACAGAUACAAUGGCUCUUCAUAUGACAAGCGCAGGAGUCCUGAUUAUGGUAGGAACUUGAGUCCUGAAUACGGCAGAUAUAGGAGCCGCUCGCCCAUUCGAAGGUCAAGAACAUGAAGUAAUUGCGGUUCAGUGGAUGAAGUGGGCUAGAUUGUGUUACUUUCUAGGGGUUUUCUACAGGCUUAUGAACUCAUAUUGUAUUGAUAUUAAGUAGUUUGUUUUAAAUAAAAAUCUCUAGUGUUUCAAUA